AUGGCGGCGAUGCAGGUGGCGAGCUUGUUCCCUUGCUCGCAGCCGGAGACGGCCCCGGAGCCGCACGCCGGUUUCCGCCGCUUGUGCGCCAAGCUCUGCGCUCUGCGCCCGGAUGAGAGCCCCUCCGCGCGCACCGAGAUCCACCUGCUCUUUGACCAGCUCAUCUCCGAGAACUACAGCGAGGGCGGCGGCGUGGCCCAGCAGGAUGUUGGUGCACUUCUGGUCCAAGCUUGCCGCCUGGUGCCUCUUAAUCAGAAUCAUCUUGUCAACAAAGUGUCUCAGCUUAUUCACCAUUUACUUAACAGGUUACUGGUGAUUGUUGAUGAGCAGAGCUUGGAUUUCCUCCUGGCGUACACGAUUUCGGCCCUUCGGCAGUGCAGCUCCUGGACGCACAUGGAGAUUCUUCAAGCCCUGGCUGCCCUCGUCUACUUCAACGGUUCAAAAUGUCAAAAGUACCUUCCAGACUUGCUAGGCAAGAACGGACUCUUAAUGAAGUUGAGUGACCUGACUCAAUCUGACCUUGAAGUUCGGAGGGCCGCAGUGCACUGUAUGGCAAACUUAUGUCUCAGUGCGCCAGGACAGCCAACCCUGGAGGAGCCCUACCAGAAUGUCUGCUUCCAGGCCUUCCUGAAGACUUUACAAUCUCCCAAAUCACCUGAUAUGGAUGAUGUCACGUUCUGCAUGUUGUUACAGAAUGCAUUAAAAGGUAUACAGUCACUUCUCAAUGGUGGCAAGAUGAGACUGUCGCAGACGGAUGAACUUGGAGCUCUUCUGGCUGUGCUGAAGAAAUCCAUGUUUCACGGACUCCCUGGACUAAGCCUGGAGAUGCCCACAGUGUUGUACCCGACUCCACUGCCUCAGUAUGACGGGCGGCCCCCCGUCCAGCCCCAGCAGCCAGAGUCCAGCGCUUCCCGACCGGCGGCGAACAAGAAGAAAAAAUCCAAAGUAAAACCAAAGAAAACCCAGCAAGGCGAGGAGGAGGAGGAUGACGACGAAUCCGGUGGUGAAGCAGAAGCAAAGCCAGCCGGUGGCAUGGGCAAAAUGACCUGGCCUGGAGGGGCCCCGCGCUGUGCUGCCCCCCUGGGCCAUGGGGGUCCCCCUCUAGAUGGGGGCGGGGCUGCAGCAAAGGGUUGCACCUCCUCUUUCAACGCUUCCAGUUGGAAAAAGCUCAGCAGCAGUGAGUCGGACUAUUCUGAUGCCGAGGGAGGCGUGCAGAGUAAAAUGAGGUCUUACCAAGCCAAAGUUCGCCAAGGAGCGUUAGCCUGUUUUCUUUCUACCAUAAAAUCAAUAGAAAAAAAAGUUCUGUAUGGCUACUGGUCAGCCUUCGUUCCUGACACGCCUGAGCUCGGAAGCCCGCAGUCUGUGUCCCUGAUGACCCUUACGCUGAAGGACCCUUCCCCAAAGACACGGGCCUGUGCCCUCCAGGUUUUGUCUGCCAUCUUGGAAGGCUCAAAACAGUUUCUCUCCGUUGCCGAAGAUACCAGUGACCACAGAAGGGCCUUUACUCCGUUCUCUGUGAUGGUCGCGUCCAGCGUCCGAGAGCUGCACAGGUGUCUGCUCCUGGCCCUCGUGGCAGAGUCCUCCUCUCAGACCCUCACUCAGAUCAUUAAGUGCCUUGCAAAUCUGGUCUCAAACGCACCUUAUAACCGUCUGAAGUUCAGCUUGCUGACUAAAGUCUGGAAUCAGAUAAAGCCUUACAUCCGUCACAAAGACGUUAACGUGCGCGUGUCGAGUCUCACGCUCUUGGGAGCGAUAGUGUCCGCUCAUGCGCCCUUACCUGAAGUCCAGCUGCUUCUACAGCAGCCCUGUUCUUUUGGAUUUAGUAACAGCAAUUCGGCUGCUCCUCACCUCUGCACUCCUGAUUGGUGGAAGAAAGCCCCGCCUGGAGCCCCCCUGGAGGAGGCGUCGCUGAGCUCCCCGAAGGGCCCCUCGGAGCCCUGCUGGCUCAUCCGACUCUGCAUUUCCACUGUUGUGCUGCCCAGGGAGGACGCGGGUGGCACUGCCAGCUCCACCGCGGGGAGCCUCUAUGAGCCACUUCCCAUGCGGCUGGAGGCCCUACAGGUUUUGGCUCACCUGGCAAGGGGCUACUUUUCCACGGCACAGGUCUAUUUGAUGGAGCUCGGAGAGGUGAUUUGCAAGUGCAUGGCAGAGGCUGACCCUCCUAUUCAGCUUCAUGGAGCAAAGCUUCUGGAAGAACUGGGUACAGGCUUAAUUCAGCAGUAUAAGCCAGAUUCCACCGUAGAACCUCAGCAGCGAGUACCAGUCGCCUUGGUGGUGAUGUUCUGGACCAUGAUGCUCAAUGGUCCUUUACCCAGAGCCCUCCAGAAUUCAGAGCACCCCACACUACAGGCGAGCGCCUGCGAUGCCCUGUCCUCCAUCCUACCAGAGGCCUUCAGCAGUCUGUCGAGCGACAGGCAAAUGCUGUGCAUCACCGUGCUGCUCGGGCUGAGUGACAGCAAGAACCGCCUUGUGAAAGCCUCCACCUCGCGGGCCCUGGGGGUCUACGUGCUGUUCCCCUGCCUCAGACAGGAUGUCAUCUUUGUUGCAGACACAGCAAACGCCAUCCUGAUGUCACUCCAAGACAAAUCUGUGAAUGUCCGAGCCAAAGCAGCCUGGUCCCUGGCCAACCUGACAGACACUCUGAUCGUCAACCUGGAAACAUCAGAUCCGAGUUUUCAGGAAGAGUUCUCCGGCCUCCUGCUCUUGAACAUGCUGCGAGCAGCCACUGAUGCGUGCAAGGACAGGGACAAGGUUAAAAGCAGCGCAGUCCGUGCCCUUGGAAAUCUGCUUUAUUUUCUGCAACCUUGUCAUAUAGAACAACCUAGGUUUGCUGAAAUCAUUGAGGAAUCUAUCCAGACCCUGAUUUCCACCAUUCUGAUUGAGGCUGCCAUGAAAGUCCGAUGGAAUGCCUGCUAUGCGAUGGGAAAUAUGUUCAAAAAUCCCACCCUCCCACUCGGGACAGCCCCCUGGACCGCCCAAGCCUACAACGCCCUGACAUCUGUCGUUACGUCAUGCAAGAACUUCAAAGUGCGCAUUAGGUCCGCCACCGCCCUCUCCAUCCCGAGUGAAAGAGCGCGCUACGGCUCUGUGGACCAGUAUGUUCGCAUCUGGAGCGCGUUGGUCACUGCCCUGCAGAAGAGCGAGGACACCACAGACUUCCUAGAGUUCAAGUACUGCGCCAGCCUGCGGACCCAAAUCUGCCAGGCACUCAUCCACCUCUUAAGCUUGGCCAGGGCCCCGGACCUGCCCUGCAUCAAAGACACUCUUGACCUGAAUGGAGAUAUGAUCCAAUCCUUUAUCCUGCAGUUUUUGAAAUCAGGAGCUCAGGGGGAUGACACAGGAGCAGCUCCCAGCCCACAGGAGAGAGACCAGAUGCUCCAAAUGGCCCUGAGGCACAUAGGCAGUAUCCAGGCUGGGGCUGCAGACCCAUCCCAGAGGGCUGUCGUGGGCUUCUUAGAAGAUACCCUGAGUAUUUACCUAGACUCGUCUAGAUCCCAGGAAACUUUCCUAGAGUUCCAAACCAGUGAAUUCUCACCGUAACUCCUGGAGUCAGUGUGGUAAUUGGAAGACCCAAGCCUGGACGUGAGAUGUGGGGUUGGAUCUGGGGGACAGAAACAAUCCACAUGCUAUUAGAAGGCAUUCCAACCUGUUUCAAUGUGUCACAGACAGCUCAUCCACUAAAGAGUGGGUCCACGGCCUUGGCCAUGGCAAGGGUUGCUGAAUCUCCAAGAAAUUAAGGCGUCAGGAUUCAAUGUGGGCUGGCAGACUAGGAGCUAGUGAGAGCUGUUUAGUCUAAACAUUGUUUAUUAUGUCUUCAGAAAUUAUUUUUUCUAUUAUAAUAAACCGAGCAAGUGUGCCACAUCUCCUGUGUUUUACUCAGCAGGUCCUGGGUGCUGGUGCUGCUGCGUCAGCCACAAGGAUGCCGUGACAGGUGCUCUUUGCCGGGGCCUGGCUGCUGCCCUGAGGCCCCGCGUUGGUCUCCCAGCGCCCUGCAGGGAAAUGUGGCUGCACACAUCAAACUCUUGGUUGUCUUGUCACCUUCUAAUUUUGUGCCUUGACAGAAGGAUUAUUUGUUUCAUUAGGAUGGCUACAAAAAUAAAAGAGGUCUUUAAAUUACAUUUUAAUAACCAGCCAAGUAGUUAUGAAAGUAAUUUCUCACUGAAUAAUUCUUCACAUUUA